GAAGGAGGCUCUUCCCUCCGCUAAGAGAGAAAAAAAAUCAGCUUAGGAAAGCAAAGUUUGAACAGCGAAUUCCUGUUAUUUCAAAACGCCCCAUGUGACAGGAUAUUUCCUUAUCAUUUGGAGCCCAGCGCUUUCCCCCGUCCACCAUCCCUUCACAAGUGCGGCGGACCUGCCCGGUGGGAAGCCCUCUCUCUCCUCCCAACCUCGGGGCGCCGCGGCCGGAGCCGCCGCGAUGGCUCCCUCGCUGCUCCUGCUUCUCCUCGGACUUCUCCCUCGUGUUUUUCCGCUUCUGGAUACCAGCACCUUCUUAAUAUAUAAUGAAGAACACAAGCGCUGUAUACUGGCUCAAAGUUCUAAUUCAGUGACUGUUGCUCCUUGUGUUCAAGAAAAUGAGUCACAAAAAUUCAGGUGGGUCUCAGAUCACCAGCUUAUGAGCAUAGCAUUCAAAUUGUGCUUGGGAGUGCCUUCGAAGAAAGACUGGGUUCCGAUCACUCUGUAUCCUUGUGACAAGGCUAGUGAACUUCAACGAUGGGAAUGCAGAAAUGAGACUCUCUUUGCAAUCCAAGGGGAAGAUUUGUUUUUCAACUAUGGAAACAGACAGGAAAGGAAUGUUAUGCUGUACAAGGGAUCUGGUUUAUGGAGUAGGUGGAAAGUCUACGGAACCACAGACGAUCUGUGUUCUCGAGGCUAUGAAGAUACCUACACAGUGAAAGGAAAUGACAAUGGAGCACCGUGUGUAUUCCCUUUUAAGUAUGGUGGUAAAUGGUAUGCUGACUGCACAGAUACUGGCAGAUCAGAUGGCUGGUUCUGGUGUGGAACCACUUCAGACUAUGAUGUUGACAAGAAGUAUGGAUUUUGCCCAAUGAAAUUUAAUAGCAUUAGUUUGUGGAACACAGAUUCUUUAACAAACGUCCAGUACCAGAUAAACUCUGAGGCAGCUCUGACAUGGCACCAAGCAAGAAAAAGCUGUCAACAACAGAAGGCAGAGUUGUUAAGCAUCACAGAAUUACACGAACAAACAUACUUGACAGGUUUGACUCGCACACUGAGUUCAGCUCUCUGGUUUGGUCUUAACAGUUUGAAUUUCAACAGUGGAUGGCAAUGGGUUGGUGGUGCUCCUUUUCGAUACUUAAAUUGGGUUCCAGGCCAUCCUUCUCCAGAACCUGGAAGAAUCUGUGGUGCAUUAAAUCCGGGGAAAGGUGCUAAGUGGGAGAACUGGGAAUGUGAUCGGAAACUUGGCUAUAUUUGUAAACGAGGAAAUGCUACUUUAGAGUCUUUCAUUAUUCCUACAGAAACUAAUGUGCCUAUUAGGUGUCCCGAUCAAUGGAUGUCAUAUGCUGGUCACUGUUACAUAAUUCACAGAGAGCCCAAAAUAUGGAAAGAUGCCUUAACAUCUUGCAGAAAAGAGGAUGGAGAUCUGGCGAGCAUCCAUAAUGUUGAGGAAUACAGCUUUGUUAUUUCUCAGCUUGGGUACCAACCAGCUGAUGAGCUGUGGAUUGGGUUGAAUGACCUCAAGGUUCAGAUGUACUUUGAAUGGAGUGAUGGGACACCUGUCACCUACACCAAGUGGCUUCGUGGAGAACCCACUCAUGCAAACAAGAGGCAAGAGGAUUGUGUUGUUAUGAAGGGAAAGGAUGGAUUUUGGGCAGACCAUUCUUGUGAAAAAAAAAUUGGUUACAUCUGUAAGAGGAAACCCAUGUCAGAUGGUCCUUCAGAAGAGGAAUCCAUUGACAUGGGCUGCCAGAGAGGGUGGAAAAGACAUGGUUUUUAUUGUUACUUCAUUGGAAAUACAUUUGUAUCAUUUUCUCAAGCAAAUCAGACCUGUAGAAGGCAUCAGGCUUUUUUAGCAACUAUUGAAGACAGAUAUGAGCAAGCUUAUCUGACUAGCCUGGUUGGGCUGAGAACAGAAAGAUACUUUUGGAUUGGACUUUCAGAUGUAGAAGAAAAGGGAACGUUCAAGUGGACUAAUGGUGAAUCUGUCUUAUUUACACACUGGAAUUCUGAAAUGCCUGGAAGAAAACCAGGCUGCGUUGCCAUGAGGACUGGAAUUGCAGGGGGAUUAUGGGAUGUAAUAAAAUGUGAAGAAAAGGCAAAGUUCCUAUGUAAAGUGUGGGCAGAAGGAGUGACACUACCCCCGGUUCCUCCAACAACUCCUAUUCCCCGGUGUCCAGAAGGCUGGGACACAAACAAUCGUAUUAACUUUUGUUUCAAACCUUUUUCAAGAGCAGACCAAAGAAAAACAUGGUUUGAAUCACAAGAGUUUUGUCGAGCUAUAGGAGGAGAUCUGGCCUCCAUUAACGGUAAAGAAGAGCAAUAUGUGAUAUGGCGUUCCAUUGCGAAAAGUUCUUAUUACCACGAGACUUUCUGGAUAGGUUUAUAUUACUUGAAUCCUGAUGAUGGCUUUUCUUGGAGUGAUGGGUCUCCAGUGAGGUAUGAAAACUGGGGCUUUGGAGAACCCAAUAAUUAUCAAGGAAUUGAACUUUGUACAGAGGUCAAUGGUGAUUCCAGAAUGCGUUGGAAUGACAGGCACUGCGAUUAUCUGUACGGGUGGAUUUGCCAGAUAAGAAAAGGGGCAAGUGUAAAGCCUGAACCAACAGAAUCUCCUGCACCUGAAUACCAGACUACUGAGGAUGGAUGGAUUGUACAUGAAGACAGGCAAUACUACUUCAGCAAUGAGACUGCUCCUAUGGAAAAAGGUCGGGAGUUCUGCAAAAAGAGCUUUGGAGACCUUGUUGUCAUCGAGACUGAAAGUGAAAGAAAGUUCCUCUGGCGAUAUAUAUUGAAAAAUGGCAGAAAAGAUGCAUAUUUCAUUGGUUUACAACUGAGUAUUGACCAACGUACAAGGUGGAUGGACGGCACUCCAGUGAAUUAUUUGGCAUGGGCACCACAUGAACCUAACUUUGCAAAUAAUGAUGAAAACUGUGUAGUUAUGUACAGGGAUUUAGGAUAUUGGAAUGAUAUAAACUGUGGUUAUCCAAAUCCCUACAUAUGUGAAAGGCACAACAGUUCCAUUAAUUCAACUGUUCCUCCAACAACAUUUUCAACUCCAAGAGGAUGUCAACCAACUUGGCUUUCCUUUCAUAAUAAGUGUUACAAAAUAUUUGGAUCUGCAGAAGAGGAACGUGUCACUUGGCAUGCUGCACGAACAGCUUGCAUGAAUUUAGGAGGAAACCUGGCCAGUAUCCCUAAUGAACAAGUGCAAGCUUUCCUCACCUUUCAUCUGAAAGAUUUUGGUAUGAAUACAUGGAUUGGAUUAAAUGAUAUAAAUCAUGAAAUGAGGUUCCUCUGGACAGAUGGAACAGGAGUUUACUUUACAAACUGGGCCAAAGGCUUCCCAGCGGGACGUGGGGAUUUAUACUCCUAUGACAGCCAGGCUGAUUGUGUUGUCAUGAGAAACAAACCUAUUAAGGAAGCAGGAAAGUGGGUUGAUCUGAGUUGUGGUAACAGCAGAGGAUAUAUAUGCCAAACUGAUGCAGUUGCUGAGUUUCUGCCUUCUACAAGCUCAUCACCCUCCAACAUUGUCCCUUAUGGUAACAGCAGUUAUAUGUUCAUCCACACAAAAAUGACAUGGGAAGAUGCUCGAAAAAACUGCAAACGUAAUCAGUUUGACCUUUCCAGCAUCUUAGACCCUUACAGUCAUUCAUUCCUGUGGCUGAAGAUAUUAAAAUAUCGGAUGCCUGUGUGGAUUGGUCUUAACAGUAAUGUGACUGAUGGGAGUUAUAAGUGGAUUGAUAACUGGAGGAUGAAGUAUACCAAAUGGGCUGAAGGGGAGCCAAAGCAGAAAAUAGGCUGUGUCUAUCUGGACAUUUCUGGAGCCUGGAAGACAGGAUUCUGCAAUGAAAGUUACUUCUCUGUUUGCAAAAAAUCUGAUGUCCAAGCUCCCACCGAACCACCUCAGCUUCCAGGAAAAUGCCCUGAAUCAGAAGGGCACAGGGCUUGGAUCCCUUUCCGAGGUCAUUGCUACUACAUUGAAUCUUCAUCUACAAGAAAUUGGGCCCAGGCAUCUUUAGAAUGUCUUCGACUAGGUGCCUCUUUGGUCUCAGUUGAAGAUUCAGCUGAAGCCAACUUUCUGACCUACAGCAUUGAACCCCUUGAAAGGAAAUCAUCAACAUUUUGGACAGGAAUGUACAGAAAUGUGGAUGGAGAAUGGCUGUGGCUAGAUAGCACUGCAGUGAAUUUUGUCAACUGGAAUGUAGGAGAACCUUCUCCUCAAGAAAAUGAACACUGUGUUGAAAUGUACGCAGAAUCCGGGUACUGGAAUAAUAUCUAUUGCUCUUCCUACAAAGGCUAUAUUUGUAAAAAGCCAAAAAUGCCAGAAACUGAAAUGCUGCCAGCAACUGAAAUAUCACCAGCAGAAAUGCCUACAAUGGCAAUGGCAACGGAUAAGAAGGCUCUUACCCUGAACCACGGGAAAACAGGAGUUGUAGUUAUUGCUGUUCUCCUCCUCCUAGCUGGAAGUGGCCUUGCAGGCUAUCUCUUCUACAAAAGAAGAAAGAAUUGCUUGCCAACAAAUGACAGCUUUGAGAACAAUUUGUAUUUUAAUAGUGAUGGGUUUCCUGGAACUGGUGACACAAAGGAUCUUGUGACCAACAUAGAACGAAAUGAACAUGCAACACUGUAAUGUAAUGUAAUGUAAUGUGUAAUAUAAAAUGUAAUAAAAUAAAAUGUGCCUUGUUUUACUAAAAUUAUGCAAUUAGAAUUAAGCCAAAGGUAUUUCUCAUGUGCAAUUGCUGUAGUAGCCUGUUUCAGUGUGUGUGUGAUGUCAUAUAUGGAAUUACUUUCUUUUGUAAGACAUUGUAUAAAGUGUAAGAUUUCAUAUCUCAGGAUUUGAUGAUCACGCUGGUGAGUGUGGGUCUUAAGAAAAGAGAUAAUAUUGACUAAUUAUUAAAUGGAACAAUAGAAAUGGAUACAAUAAAGGAAGUAAAACUUCCACUUGAGGAAUGAUGACAAGAUUUGAAAUUUCUGUAUCAGAUUUAUUUCAAACCACGCUAAUGAACAGAUGCUCAAUACUGUUCAGCAAACAUCUCUCUCUCUCUCUGAUUCUACCAUCUUUCAGGUGUUCCUAGGGAUUUAACUACAAGUAUAGUUAUUAGAUGACAAGUCUUAUUUGGGCACAUCCUCUUUGAACUAUGUGCGGAAAAAACCCUUUAUGAUAUUUCAGUUCCCACAAUUUCACACAACAGAGAGAACCAAGUAUGUAGUUCUUGUAGUUUAUGGAUUCUAGGAUUUAAUCAGGUAAAAUCUGGGGGCAGGCCUCUGGAAUUGAAAAGUGUGGUUGAUAUGAACUGCCUGAGUUUUGGCUGGCCACAAGUGGGAUUUGUUGGUGAGAGGUGAUAUAGGUCAUGGCAAAACUUCCUUCUGAUGAGCACAGCAGUUACUGAGGAGGGGGAAGAAUGUUGCCUGUAUGUAUUCUGAAGGUUUCUGGGAGCACUGGGUAGCUUUUGUAGUGAUGGCAUUUGGAACUGCUCUCCUAUGGCUUCUAAAGCAGUGUAGGUUUUGAGGUGUGUGCUGCAAGAGUAAGCAAGUCAAGAACAACUUAGCUUUACUUAUGUAAUAGUUACUACUGAUUUUAUUUACUCUAAAAUGGCUAGAUCAGGUUCUAUUUAUGGAAGUCUUAAAAUUCCCCAGUGUGGAGUUUAUAUUCUUAAUUUUUGUAAAUCCUGUAAAAUGUUAAUCAUGCAUGAUUCCUCACUUGCAUACAAAGGUUUGCAAGGUUCGAUUUUGUGGUUUCAAGUUUUGUUCUGUGAAAUAAACAGUAACUAGCUUUCAUUUUUAAA